AUGAAUGCCCUGCGCGGGCAGGUGGGUGGAGAGAUCAGCGUGGAGAUGGAUGCUGCUCCUGGAAUCGACCUCACCAAGAUCCUGGCUGAGAUGAGGGAGCAGUACGAGAGCCUGGCGGACAAGAACCGCAGGGAUGCCGAGCAGUGGUUCUUCAGCAAGACGGAAGAGCUGAACCGGGAGGUGGCCAUCAACACGGAGCAGCUUCAGAGCGGCAAGACGGAGAUCACAGAGCUACGACGCACCAUCCAGAGCCUGGAGAUCGACCUGCAGUCCCAGCUCAGCACG